CUGUUGUGUAUCAGUCGUGUCUAGCAGGUCUUAGUCUAUAACACAAAGGACUCCUAAAUAUAAACAACUACUGUUUCCCUAAACACGUAUCAGUCCAGCUCCCACCCUCUUUCCACAAGCUCAUUCUCGCCCUCCUCACUAUCCACCAUGGCCUCAAGCACCAACUCCUCUCUUCGUCUGCCGGCGACUGUGGCGGCCUGGGAAGCUGAAGCCCGCCAGUACAAUGUGGCCGGCAUGUCUCUAAUCCAAUGUACGAAUAUGCGGUCAGGCUCCGAUAUUACAGAGGAGCAAUUUCUCCUAUUUCGUACAAUUUUUCCGAGGACAAGAAAAAUAUUCACUCCGGCCAUUUUUGGGCUUGCCCCUUCUUACCAGCAAGCUGGUCUCUUGGUUACCAACCAAAAUUUUCAAGAAUAUGCCCAGAGAGUUGGAGCAGGUAUCUUGGGCCCCGGGCAUUUUGCCCAAUGGACCUUGAAUACUUUGUUUAAGGUGCUAUUGGCACAACAGCAGCAAGCAAUUGCUGCAGUUUAUAGAGGGAGGUCAAAGUUGACCAGAAGGUCGGAGGCGGCCGUAAACACCUCCUUGGUUUCGUUCCUGCAAGCCUUGGCAAUGUUGGCUGCGCCGCUCAGCGGCCAAUGGAACGCCCAGGGAAUCUCUCUGGAGGCCAACUUUGGGGUCCACGGGGGACAGAGACGAGCCUUUACGGCCGUCACUGAUGGCCAGUAUCAACUGGUCAUAGGCAACCAGAUCGUCGCAUUUAUGGAAUGCAAGGUAGGCCCGAGGGACAGGCAUACUCCCCAAGUGGAGAAGCAGGAAACCGCUCAGGUCAUCGCCUCCAUUAAGGAGUAUCCUGACGCGGUGCCCAGGCGCUGGUAAGUACCACUCCAUGCUACCUUGUGAGGAAAUCUAUCUAAUGGAAUAAGGCGAGCUCUCGUCUCGCAAGACGGAGACGAGAUCUACGUCUCAAUUUUCGAGUACAAUAGGACUUGGAAAAGAUAUCUUGAUAGAGGUAUAGUAACGAAUGCCAGCCACGCAAAGAUGAACAGAUUCGGCCCAUACCAACUUGGCAAUCGCGCUGAGAUGACCGAGGUUGCGAAGAUUAUUAUUGCCAUAAUACUUUACAGACUAGAAAGUCACAAGUGCUUGAGUGCACUUGAGACCUCUAGACAUAAA